AUGAACCCUCAUCAAGAUUGGAAUAGAGUUGUAUUCACCGGACCAGUAGGAAAAGCUAAGAAAGGCGAACAAGCAAUUCAAGAUGCCCAAAGAAGAGGUGCAAAUAUUGAAACAGUAAGAAAAGCUCAAGGCGGGCAUAACCAGCAUGGCCCUCAGGUAAAUAUCAGGAAAUUGGCUGAAGAAACUGAUGUGGUUGACGUUCCUCAAUUGUCCCAUGAGUUCAGAAUUGAAAUGCAAAAGGCAAGAGUCGCUGCAGGACUAAGUCAAGCUGAUUUAGCUAAAAGGAUUAACGAAAAGCAGAGCGUUGUUAACGAAUAUGAAAGUGGAAGAGCUGUGCCUGAUAAUCAAGUUAUCGUAAAAAUUGAAAGAGCGCUGAAUUGCAGACUUCCAAGGCCUCCAAAGCCUCCAAAAAGAAAGGCAUCAGAAGAAGAGAAAUUCUAA